UUCUUGAGCCUAGUAACUGAGUGAAUCUUCCCCAGCCUCAGCACUCCUUGGGAUGAAUCCGAGUGGGAGCGGUGCCAUUCCCCGGCUGGAAGAGUGACACGCACAUCAUGCCAGCCACCGCCACUGAGGCUGGCGCUGAUUCCUUCUGCUGAAGAUGGCUCUGAACUGGUCAGUUCUGGCUGUGCUCCUUUUCUUGCCAGUCAAUCCGGUUGAAGCUCACAACAGGGUGAGUGUAGAGGCUGGCCAUGAAGCUGUGCUGAGUUGCCCCUACACCUCCAAUGCAUCUUUGGUGCUGGUGACAUGGAAGAGGAAUUGCAGCAGUUGCUGCCUGCUGUCUUAUAGAAGGGAUCACAAUGAGACAAGCAGGCUGAACUGCAGUGAGAGGAUCACAUGGAAAUAUCCACCUGCCAGUGACCCCGUGCUUCGUAUUUACCCUGUGAACCUCGGGGAUGAGGGAAAUUACACCUGUGAAAUUGCCAGCAGUGAAGGGAAUCAUAAUUUUCUCUCUUCUCUGACUGUGACAGUCCCUCCUAUGGUGACUCUGACCCAUGACAAGAGCAGGGUGGCUGUUUGUCAGGCACCUGCAGGAAAGCCACCUGCUGACAUCUCCUGGAUGCCUGCAAGCAAUCACAGCUCUGAGGAAGAAUUCCACCACCCCAAUGGAACAGUGACCAGAGUGAGCUACUUUGGCUGGGCCCACAGCUCAUUUCCCUCUGUCACCUGCCUGGUCACCUACCCAACCAAGAACCAGACUCUGGUCAUGGACCUGAGAUACACUUGCCAUAGGCUUCUCUACAUCCUGGUUGGAACAGCUACAGGUGUCAGUGCUGCCACUGGUGUGGCUUUAUGCUUGAUUUUCAGGUGCAGAGCUUGCUGGUUAUGUAAACAGGCACCUGACCCGGCAGAACACUCUACAACUAAAACCUGCAAGUUCCCACCUUCACGUGCGAGAAGAGAAGCAGCCAAGCCUCCUGACUUUUCAGAGAAAAUCUAUCAGAACUACAACCCAAGAUCUGUUUAUGUAUACUUAUAACAGCGUAGGCACAAGUAGCCAGCUCAGCUACUAAUGAUACUCAGCUACUUGAACUUGUACUUCAACUCUUGAGCCUCUGACCUUACCCACGAAAACCUUUGUCUUUCCUGACCUGACGAUGGUGGGGCAGAAAGACCCAUUUUAGUAAGUUUUUUUCUCGUUCUCUAAAUAUCAGUACAGCUCUAGAAAAAGUUAGAACUUUUAAAGAUUGAAUUAGGGAAAUACCUUAAUUUUCUUUGAAAGUGAACUCUGAUGUAUGUGCUGCCUUUCCUCAAAACUAUAAUGGACAUAUUCUGUGCCAGAGUAAAAGACUGCUGGUGAAAAUACAGCACUUUUCUUUCCUUUUUGGCAACUGGAUUCUCUUUAAAGUUCUGUGUGACAUGGGGCACCUCAAAACACAGAAGGUCAAAGCAAUACAUCCAACAGAAAUGCAGAAAUAAGAGAUUUUUAGGGUUUUUUUUUUGGUUGUUUUGUUUUCUGGGUAGAUGGUUGUAGCUGACACAUGAUGAGCUAGUAUUUGACAUCUUUGUCUAUUUUUGAAUUUUUAAUGU